CGCGCUGUUGCUGCUGCCUCAAAUGCGCGCUUUGCGCGCGCCCGGCUGCGAGCUGUUGCCUCUCACGCUGUCUGGUGUCCUUGGUCCAGUACAGUCGCGGUCUUCGCCGAGCUUCACUGUGCAUCGUGGGUGCGAGGCGGUGGUUCCGGAUAACCGCCUAAAAUGACUACUGUAUAGAUGUUAUAGCAUAAAUGGCGUCCAAAGUAACAGAUGCUAUAGUCUGGUACCAGAAGAAGAUUGGGGCUUAUGACCAGCAAAUAUGGGAAAAAUCUGUAGAACAAAAAGAAAUCAAGUUUGUUAAAUUGGGUUUGAGGAACAAGCCAAAGAAAACUGGGCAUGUCAAGCCAGAUCUCAUAGAUGUGGAUCUUGUAAGAGGUUCUGCCUUUGCUAAAGCUAAACCUGAAAGUCCUUGGACCUCACUGACUCGAAAGGGAAUUGUUAGAGUAGUUUUUUUCCCGUUUUUCUUCAGGUGGUGGUUACAAGUGACAUCACAGGUUAUAUUUUUCUGGCUCCUCAUCCUUUAUCUUCUUCAAGUUGCUGCAGUGGUAUUGUUCUGUACUAUAGAAGGGCCACAUAAUAUACCUCUGACUGAAGUAAUAGGGCCAGUAUGGCUCAUGUUGCUUCUUGGAACUGUGCACUGCCAGAUUGUUUCAACAAGGACACCCAAGUCAACUCCAAGUACAGGAGGAAGAAGAAGAAGGAAAUUAAGGAAAGCAGCACAUUUGGAAGUACAUAGGGAAGGAGAUGGCUCUAGUACCACAGAUAACACACAGGAAGGAACAGUGCAGACCUACGGUACAAGCACCUCUUACAGUAUUGGCGUUUUCUUCAGAGAUAUCUGGCAUGCCGCUUUCUUUUUAUCAGGAUCAAACAAAGCAAAGAAUUCAAUAGAUAAGUCAACAGAGACUGACAAUGGAUACGUCUCUCUUGAUGGAAAGAAGACUGGUAAAAACAGCGAAGACAGCUUACAGUCCCAUGAGGCUCACUCUGAAGUUAUUAGAUCAGAAGAAACAUGCUGGAGCACAGGAACACUCAGAAAUACAUAUAAUAAUUCUAGCCAUCAUAAAGAUACUCACAGAACAUUGGCAAACAUAUCUGAUGAAGUUUCAAGUGAGGAGGGACCAGAAGCUGGCUAUCACUUGCGUCGUAGUGCAGAACGUGCUUCCAACGAUUGUGCUUUUCGAAACAGGAAGUCCCAUCACUAUAAGAAACAUUACCCUGCAGAGGAUAUCCCUAAAUCAGGCACUAGUUGCAGUUCACGGUGUUCGAGUUCCAGACAAGAUUCAGAGAGCACAAGGCCGGAGUCUGAGACAGAAGACGUAUUGUGGGAAGACUUAUUACAUUGUGCAGAGUGUCGUUCAUCUUGUACCAGUGAAACAGAUGUUGAGAACUCUCAAGUUAAUUCAUGUAUGAAGAAAGAGUAUAGGGAUGAUCCAUUUCAUCAGAGUCAUUUGCCCUGGUUCCACAGUUCUAACCCUGGGCUGGAAAAAGUCAGUGCAAUUGUUUGGGAAGGUAAUGACUGCAAAAAAGCUGAUAUGUCGGUACUUGAAAUCAGUGGCAUGAUAAUGAACAGGGUGAACAGCUAUAUACCAGGAAUAGGCUAUCAGAUUUUUGGAAACGUCGUCUCUUUAAUCCUGGGGUUGACUCCAUUUGUAUUUCGACUUUCCCAAGCUAAGGAUCUGGAGCAUCUAGCUACACAUUCAGCUACCGAACUUAUUACUAUAGCAUUUGGGUCAAAUGACGACAGAAUGGUUCUUUUCAUGGUUAUAAUAUGCUUUAUAGUCCGUGUCUCCCUUGUGUGGAUUUUCUUUUUUCUCCUGUGCGUGGCUGAGAGAACCUACAAGCAGAGAUUGCUUUUUGCCAAACUCUUUGGCCAUUUAACAUCUGCAAGAAGGGCACGAAAAUCAGAAGUUCCUCACUUCCGGUUAAAGAAGGUGCAAAAUAUUAAAAUGUGGCUUUCUCUCCGCUCAUACUUAAAGCGGCGAGGUCCUCAACGAUCAGUUGAUGUAAUAGUCUCAUCUGCUUUUUUGUUGACAAUUUCUGUUGUAUUUAUCUGCUGUGCACAGCUGCUUCAUGUGCAUGAGAUCUUCUUAGACUGUCACUACAACUGGGAACUAGUAAUCUGGUGUAUUUCAUUAACUCUGUUUCUUCUACGAUUUGUUACACUUGGAUCUGAAACAAGCAAAAAAUACAGCAAUACCUCAAUAUUACUUACUGAACAGAUAAAUCUGUACUUGAAAAUGGAAAAGAAGCCGAACAAGAAGGAAGAGCUGACGCUAGUGAAUAAUGUUUUAAAACUGGCUACAAAAUUACUCAAGGAGCUGGACAGUCCCUUCAGGUUAUAUGGCUUGACAAUGAAUCCUCUGCUCUAUAACAUCACUCAAGUUGUCAUUCUGUCUGCUGUUUCUGGUGUUAUCAGUGAUUUACUUGGAUUCAACCUAAAGCUCUGGAAGAUUAAAUCCUGACAUUUUGCAAAAAAAGGAACCAGACACAAUCCUCUGCAAAAGAGAACCGAUUGACUCAGCUGCCUCAGAGCAUUUGCUGAUUCUGUGUUCAGAUGUCAUGCUCUCUUUAAGGAUAUUGUUUGAAAAUUUGAGGUGUUUACAUAUGACUGUUUUGUGCAAUCUCUGUAUUUAUUUUACCUUUUCAAUUUUGUAAACUGUUUUAGCUGACAUUGUAUUUUAUUUUGAAACACUGAUGUGCUUUGAAAGGGUCAAAAUGGGUAUCCAGGUAUUGGUCAUUCGAAACUGAUCAAAUGUGCUUCAUUUCCCCCCCCUUAGAAUGGAUCCCGAUGUGAGGCUUUUAUACUUCUGAAGUUCUCAUUACAACAAUGUCAUGCUGAAGUCAUUAUACUGAAUACAUACUAUAAAAUGUUUAGAACAUUUCAUUGUGAACCACCCUUUUGGGGUAGUAUCAGAGCACCAGCAUAUUGUUGGUUACAGUAGAAAGUGACAUUUACUGUAAUAACAAUGCAGUAGGCCAGGUAACUGAAAUUUAUUUAUAUAUGUAUGUAAGUAUGUGUCCUAGAGCCAGCAGGUGUUGUUACUGAUGUGAUUCCUGGAUUCUAAAAUACUGAGCUGAAGUUAAAACUUCACUGAAUAUUAGUAAGGUAUUACGUAGCAGGUCAACAAGUGCUCUUUUAUAACAUUUUUAUUAGAGCAAUAACGAUAAACUGUUACCAUGCUGUAAGAUAUUUUGAUAAAAAAUAGCUAUAGUAUUUAUUUGAAACACUGGGCUGUUUGCACAGCUUUGGCUGUGACGCUCAACAUCUGCACUUUUAUUGUUACUUUUAAUAAUGAUCUUUAUAUAUACUAAAUGGAAUAUAUUAUGGUGAACUGUGGUGCAAUAGUGUUACCUCUGAAGGAUGGAUAUUUAGACUUUGAGAGAGACAGAGACAUUAUGUAUGCUCAAGAUAGUUGCUGUACAUCGUAGUAUAUGUGACUUAUACCACACAUUGAAAAUAACAAUUAUGUGUAUGAAAUUAUAGCUCUUUUUAAAGAUUAAAUCCUAAACUUGUUCAGGAACAAGUGUGGCUGAUAUUAAUAGAAGGAAACAUUCUUGGAUUUCCAGAUUACAAUCCUGUCUGCACUUCAGAGUAACCGUAUUUAACUUGGUGGACUUACUUCUCAAUAAACACAGGUUCAGACUGCUACAUUGUGAUCCUAACUUUCUAGUUUAGCCUUGUUGAUUUCUAUGGAUGGGAGAAAAUGCUUUCAAGGAAUGAGACCCAGUUGUACCCAGAUGCCAUUUGAUACUAAUGUUGUUUUAAUUUUUUUUAGCAAUUAUAGGUAAUAGUAGCUAGUGCUGUCCUUUCUAAUAAGUAACUAAUUUUUAGUUAUUUAGUUAAUUGCUUAGUUUGAACUCUAAUAAUGCCUGCAGAGAGAGUCACCUUGAUGUAGAGAUGUGGUGCUGUGAUGCAUCAAAUGCUUACUGUGUACAUUCAGAGCA